UCCGCAGGGCUGCAGGCGGCGUCCUCUUGCCAGCGCAGGAGCGGGGCUGGACGCGGGGCCUGGGCGCGGUGCGGGGCCACCCUGCUCCGCUCCUCGGUGCUGCCCCGCGCUCUGCGCCCACAGGUGAGUCCCCGCGCGGGCUGCCGCCUCCCAGGACCGAGGGUGUGGCUGUGCCUGAGUGGGCCAGAACCCCCAGGGAGAGUCAGUGAAAGUGGCGAGAAAUUGGACGUCCGUGUUGGCUCCAUAGUUCUGAUGGAUGAUGGCAGGAAGAGUGAAGUGGGUCACUGACAUCGAGAAGUCAGUGCUGAUCAAUAAUUUUGAAAAGAGAGGAUGGGUCCAGGUGACGGAGAGCGAGGACUGGAACUUUUACUGGAUGAGCGUGCAGACCAUCCGAAAUGUCUUCAGUGUGGAAACGGGCUAUCGGCUCUCGGACGAUCAGAUAGUCAACCACUUUCCCAACCACUACGAGCUGACCCGGAAGGACCUGAUGGUGAAGAACAUUAAACGGUAUCGGAAAGAGCUGGAGAAGGAGGGGAGUCCCCUGGCGGAGAAGGACGAGAACGGGAAAUACCUCUACCUGGACUUCGUCCCGGUCACCUACAUGCUGCCCGCCGACUACAACCUGUUCGUGGAGGAGUUCCGGAAGAGCCCGUCCAGCACGUGGAUCAUGAAGCCGUGUGGCAAAGCCCAGGGCAAGGGCAUCUUCCUCAUCAACAAGCUCUCGCAGAUCAAAAAGUGGUCCCGGGACAGCAAGACGUCCUCGUUUGUGUCUCAGUCCACGAAGGAAGCCUACGUGAUCUCCCUCUACAUCAGCAACCCGCUACUGAUCGGCGGCAGGAAGUUCGACCUGCGCCUGUACGUCCUGGUGUCUACCUACCGCCCGCUGCGCUGCUACAUGUACAAGCUCGGCUUCUGCCGCUUCUGCACCGUGAAGUACACGCCCAGCACCAGUGAGCUGGACAACAUGUUUGUGCACCUCACCAACGUCGCCAUCCAGAAGCACGGGGUGAGUGUGGCUUUUCCCUCGAGCCUAAGGAAGCAGGAAGCGGAGUGA